ACCAUUUGAAUCUGAUUAACACGAAAUAGUUGUUUGGUCAAAAGGCAGUAGAAAUUACAAGCAGAUGAGAUGACCUAUAAAACGGCACCAGUAUUUUGUCUGUUGGUGUUUGGUAAUCCCAAAACGAGGGGCCGCGCUGAAACCUCUCGCCGGACGCUGUUAGGCAUGCGGGCAUUGGAGAGGGAAAACGCCGCGUUUGGGGGCCCCGGCCGCAAGGCAGGCAGACGCAUUCGGCUCCUCGUUUCUCUCUCCUCUCUUCGCCCCCGCGUGGAGGGGGAGAGAGACAGGGGAUCGGAGCGCCCCGGCCUCCUCUUUCCUGCCAAGAAGCCACACGGAUUUCCCCCCGAUCUUCUCAAGGAUUUCCCACGCAUUUCAUCGCCCUUUUUGGUGGAACUGAUUGAUUCUCCGGCGAGGUUCUCCCCCCAGGCCUGUGGUUGUUGCAGCAUCGGCGCCUGCCCCUGGUAGGUCUGUAUAGAGAUCAAAGUUUCUUCAGCAGAAUUGAGGCAUUGGCCUGACAAAGAUCCAGUGUUUUCCUCCCCACCAACGCUGCGUGAUUCAUCGAGGAAGCACCGUCACCUGUAUGUGAAAUUUUCAUGUACAUUGAUCAUCAGACAUGUCUGCGAAAACCGGCUCAGGGUCAGAGGACUGCUUCUGGCACCGGUUCUGGCCCAUGCUGUCAUACGCUUGCGGCGAGCUUUGUGUGAUCAUACUGCUGUAUGUGGCGGCUCUGGCAUCAUACGCCGCGACAAGGCUGGCGCGCAUCUGCGGGCUCAAGGUGCCAUGCAUCUUCUGCACGAGGCUGGACCAUGCCCUCCAUGGCAAGGCAUGGUUCUCUGUGGAUUGGGUUUGCGCCGCGCAUCGCUCGGAAGUCUCAUCUUUGGCUUACUGCAAGAGCCACGACCAGCUUGCACGCUCUGAUGAUCUCUGCAAAACAUGCCUCCUUGCAUGCUCUAGCUCCAGAUCGAGGUCAAGAGGGUUGUGUUCUUGCUGCUCGGAGCUGUUCAAGAAUACCCACAAUGCUCAGAAGCAUUCCGAAGCUGCCAAAGCUGUGGAGUCUUGGGAUAAUGUAUCUCGUUUGGAGAAGACUAAUCCUAGGAGCCAUGUUUAUGCAAGUGACAGCACUGUUGCUAUGACACCCAGGGUUGUGCCUGAACAAGUCCCUGCAGAUCAUCCAAAAGAGAAGGCUUUUGUCGUGGGUAUUGAGGAACACCAUGAAUCAGAUGGACAGUCUAGAAAGGACAGCGGUCCUUCUGCACAUGCUGGGACAGCAAAGCCAGCAACAUAUAGGUCUGCUGCACCAACAUGCAUUGCUGUCGACCGCAACACCAGUGUAAAAAAUGUGCUCGCGUCUAGGGUCAACUUGACAUCUCCUCGGCCAUCAGAAAUCAUCUCUGCCAGGGACAGCAAUUCAACAACUCAGCAAGAAGUGAAGGCACUCCUUUCCCAGAUGUCUUCUGUUAGGGGCCUUGACAGUUCUUCGAGUGAAGGCACUCCUAGGCCUGGUAUCAAUGUUCAGACUGAAGAAAGCAAUCCUACGAGCAAGAAGCCAUCUCUUGAGAGUAAUUAUUCUGUGCUGGAACCUUCAGACGGGAGCCUCACUGAUGAUAUCGAAGGGGAAAGUUCUCUUGAGAAUGUAAAGAAGCAACUCGAGCUCAACAAGAAGUCAAUGGCUGCUCUUUACAAAGAGCUUGAGGAGGAACGGAGCGCUUCAGCAGUUGCGGCUAGCCAGACGAUGGCCAUGAUCAAUAGAUUGCAGGAGGAAAAGGCUGCAAUGCAGAUGGAAGCACUGCAAUACCUGAGGAUGAUGGAACAGCAAGCUGACCAUGACCACGAAGCAAUACAGAAUCUACAUGAUUUGCUUACAGAGAGGGAGAAAGAAUUACUCGACAUGGAUGCUGAACUUGCAAACUGCCGGAGGCUCCUAGAGAGCGAACCAUUCAAUGGUGCACGAAUUGACGCCACUGACACAAUAGGUGACAGGAAUCUAGCAUCUGAAUUCAUGAAUGGCCUGGAUUUUGUGAGGAGCACCAUGUCAUGUUUCGAAGAUGAAAAGGCAUAUAUUUUAGAAUCCUUGGGCAGAUUGGAGGAAAAUCUCGGCAUUUCCACAAACAGACUUGCUUCUGAUGAUGCCAAAAUCAGUCGAGAGGACAUACUGUUUGAAGAUCAUACAAGAGCUGAUGGCCGGUACAGGGAGAAUUCUCUGUUGGAUGAACACAUGAGUGGCGAAUCAACUUCAGAUCAGCAACAUGGAGGACAUGAAAUGGUCAAGGACAACAAGGAUACUAAAUGUUCAUGUUCUCCUUCACACAAUGACAAUAUGGGUGGUGUAGCAAGUCUUAAGAAUGAAAUUUCGCUGUUGAAUACAAGACUGAUGGCACUUGAAGUUGAUCAGGAGUUUCUCAAGCAGGUAUUGAGUUCCCUCCAAUGUGGCAGUGAUGGGCUGCGGUGUAUACAGGAGAUAACCAGCCAUUUAGCAGAGCUGCGAAGAGUUGCAAUUCAGUGAAGAAAAUGGUUGCAUUGAGUUCACACUAUUUGGUCAUGAGAUCUUCUCUUGCAGAGAUGUACAGGCUAAGAAUGGUGUUUCCAGUGAAAGCCUAUGAUGCUAUCCAUCAUAAAUCAUAGACCUGAAGGAGCACCAAUGUUCUCUGUUUGGAUCUGGCUCAAUGUGGGAUAGAAGGCAUACCUGACCAAAAUUUUACAUCUCUUGCACUUGACUCGAGUUUUCCGAAAGACCUAACUGGACCAUUGUUGCAGAUUACUGAAACAGAUCAAACAUCUCUUGUAUGUGAUACGGUGGUUGUUUGGACUAAGGAGCAUUGGAGCAAGUCUGUCACAUGUAUGUAACCAACCUUGAUGUUCUUGCAAAAAGGAGUCAAAUUGUACAUGAUAAAAUGCAGUUCUUGUAAAAUCAGUGAAUAUGCCCUUAUCCUGGGAUGCAAAGUAGUAUCACGUAAUGCCCAUCCA